AUGUGCUAUAGCAUGGAGCGGGACAGUCGACGUGGCCAUGGCCAAUGGAGAGGGUGCUUUGCAUUCCAAAACAUCGUCUGCGAUGAUGAGAACCCGCACCACCAGAAGCGAAGUGGUGGUCUAAAGAUGGGUCACACCUACUACUACUAUGUGAGUCUUGUUCCUUUUUUCCAUAUCAUUGACGCUUCUCCACUGCCCAUCCAUCUCCCAUCUCGAUCCAUGUGGUGGAUCAACCUACAGUUUCUUCAACUUGAUGUUUCCUUUUUAUAUAUUCCGUUCGAUCCCCCACCCACUCUUCUAUCUAAGCAGUGUCUUUCUACUUGCACAUAUUUCAUCAUUAUCCAGUCUAACUUUUCGUUCUUUCAGUACGAGGUGGACGGGUCAACUGAGACUUUUGAUGCUACGAUGCCCUACACAACUGCUUGCCCAUAUAUGCCUGGCCAAACAGUCAAUACUAUCCACGUCCCUAUUGAACAUACGAUCCGCCUCCGAAGUGCAUCCAUGAAUUCUAUGCACCAGGAAAACUAUAGGACAAUGGACCCGGCAACCAAGUUCAUGAAGCCGCUGCCACCCACGCCUCUCUUACCAGGCAUGGCCAACCGCCGGGCUCAAUCUGCCCCAGUUACACGUCCCUCAUCGUCGUCAUCUCGCUCAGUAUCUCCGCCGUCUUGGAAGAGAUUCUUCUCACGCAAGCCACACAGCUCUGACGGUCAACGCCGCCAGUCAGCUGCUUCUGAAGAAACCACUUUCACCAUCUAUGACAACGUCAUCACCGUUCCCUCACACGAUGCUCGCCAUGGUCGCCAUACAUCGUCACUUAGCGAAGGUGCUAGACCAAGAGACAUCUCUCCGAGCUCACUGUCUCGUAUCUUACGCGAGGGUAGCCACGCUCCGCGUCGUCCUAGCCACACUGCUCAACUACCAUCCUUGACGAUUCCCGAGGACGUUAUUGAGGAAGACGAGGAUGAUGACAACUUUGCCGCUUCUGCAGUCUCGGAGAGCAUGCCAUUUGCCACCAUCCUGUCACCACCUCCCUUUCAACGCUCUUCGUCAUCAGAGUCUAUAAAACGGGAUGUCGAGGCAGGCAACUCUGCUGCGGUGACCAAACCCAAGCUUUCAGUUCAGCCUCCUUCUCUUGAUCGGAGUCAGCCUAUAUCUGCUGUAACAAACGAGCCCAACCCGGUACCUCAAUGGUCCAGCUCGACAAAAGAUAAAACCACUCCAAGCCCUCUCAACGAAGAUGUCCCCAUGAGCUUCUAUGAUGAUGAAGACGAUGACGACGAUGUCAUGUCUAGCAACGAUGACGAUGGUCACUUCCCUCCCAUCCCCAUCUCAAAGUCUCGGCUGCUUUCCUUCAAAGGAUAUAGCUUGCCGCGUCACAUUGAAGAAACCAAGGGUGCUUUUGCCCCUCAUCAGACCUUUGCAACCACAAGCUCACCAAAGCUGAUCCCUGGUGGAUCUAACAUCUUGAACACUCAUGUCGAGGCUGGCCUUGAUGACUUUGUCAAUGAGCUCGGUUGGAUUGUCGAUGCUAUUGGCACGACCAACAGCCACUAG